AUGAGACAACAAAUAUGGCUGCGCAUUUUGGCGUUUUUAGCUUUUUCAUGGGUAGCUUUCCUUUUGGUGACUGUUAAACUUGUUAGGCAACAAGAUACCAACGACGGGGAUUCAUCUCAAAGACUGGCCAGGGCUCUUCGAGAACUUGAUAAAUUACAUAGAAGCAAUGCUGAGCUUAAUGCUUUAGUGUUGGAUUUGAAUUACAAUCCAAGAAUAGACAAUAAGAAAAUUCUUUUGUCUUAUUUCCAAAAUUCUAAAAGGAGUGGACUAAAUGGUCCAUCUGAAGAAUAUGAACUUUCACGUCGUCGUAUAUUUUCGAACACUAAAGAACUUUGGUAUUAUGUCAACUCUGAAUUACAAUCUUUAGUCAAAGAAGAUGAUAGUGUCAGAGUGGAACACAUUUCAAAAAUUAAAAACAUUAUUGGUGAACACUAUAGAUCUUUAUUAAAAGAUGUAUCAAGUUUAGCUGAUGUUGAUGGCCAUGCAGUAUGGAGACAACAAGAAUCUGAAAAUUUAAGUAAUUUAGUUCAAAAAAGAUUGAAACAUUUACAAAAUCCAUCAGAUUGUGCCAAAGCAAGAAAACUAGUUUGUGACUUAAAUAAGGGUUGUGGAUAUGGUUGUCAGCUGCAUCAUGUUGUUUAUUGUUUUAUUGUUGCAUAUGCAACAGAAAGAACAUUAAUUUUGAGGUCUAAAGGUUGGAGGUAUUCCAAAGGAGGAUGGCAAGAUGUAUUCUUACCAUUGAGUGAUACAUGUCUUUUACCAAAUGGAGAAACAACCAAUCGGUGGCCAGGUCAUAGAAAUACUCAAGUUAUUACUCUACCUAUAAUUGACUCAAUCAACCCAAGACCUCCUUUCCUUCCUCUUGCAUUACCUGAAGACUUAGCUCCAAGAUUAAAUGUAUUACAUGGAGAUCCUGUGGUUUGGUGGAUAGGCCAAUUUCUCAAGUAUAUGCUCCGACCUCAACCAGCUACUAGUAAUAAACUAGAUGAAUACGCCAAAAAAGUUAAAUUCCAAAAACCAAUUGUCGGAGUACACAUUAGAAGAACCGACAAAGUUGGUACUGAAGCUGCAUUCCAUAAGCUAGAUGAAUAUAUGGUACACGUUGAACAGUAUUACAAAUAUAAAGAACUAACUGAUAAAGUCGAUAAAAAACGAGUUUAUUUAGCUACGGAUGAACCAAAAUUAUUUUCUGAAGCUAAACGCAAGUAUCCUGAGUAUGAAAUAGUUGGUGAUGAAGACAUUUCUAAAACUGCAUCAAUCAGUAAACGUUAUUCUGAUCAAUCGCUAAGUGGUAUCAUAACUGACAUACAUUUUUUGUCUCUUAGUGACUACUUAGUAUGCACUUUUUCAUCACAGGUAUGUCGAGUAGCCUAUGAGAUAAUGAACAGUCUCCAUCCUGAUGCGUCAACUCUAUACACAUCUUUGGACGACAUUUAUUAUUACGGUGGUCAAAAACGCAGACUUCAUGUAGCCGUAUUACCUCAUAAGGCAAAUGGCCCUCAUGAAAUGAAUUUGCUGGUCGGUGAUGAGAUUGCUGUCGCCGGUAACCAUUGGGAUGGUUAUUCAAAAGGAACAAAUUUAAGAACAAAAGAAAGUGGCUUAUAUCCUACAUUUAAGGUGUCCCCCAAAAUUGAAACUGCGUCUUUUGCCAGUUAUCCAGAUGUAACAUUAAGUACUAAUGAAUUACAAGAACAAAAAAGGUAA